CUGCUGGGUCUCCCAACGCCUGGACCCCUAAAAGCACUAGAGUCACCGCCCAUGGCGGAACAAUCACACCGGGCUCUCGGUGUCCGUGUGCGCACAGUGACCAGAGCUAAACUACCUAGGUACCCCAAAUCCCGAUGAAGACCGGAAUGGAGAUUGUGGUGCGACAUCGAGCAACCCAAGCUUCCUCGACAUAUCCUCCCUCACACGCCGCUGCCCACGAUCAUGAAUACCCUCCCUCGCCUUCCGCGGCGCGCUUCGCCGCAGUCAACGCAGAAAUGGAGCUGCUUCUUCUGUCAGCACGCCGUUCGUCCUGCGCCGCGCAUCACCAUCCGAGCGCCCGCCAUCCGUCGAGCGGCCUCGACAACACCACCCAAGCAGACCGGUCCCAGCUUCGGCGGCGCGCCGUCAAUGGAGCAGGUGCACGCGCAUUAUAGAAAAAAGAAUGCGUCAACAGCAUACUAUGUACUCAGCGUCAUUCUCGGGACGGUGGCCCUGUCGUACGGCUCUGUGCCUCUCUACAAGAUGAUUUGUCAAACAACAGGCUGGGGCGGCCAGCCCGUCCGCGCCCACGGUCCCGAUGUCGACUAUAGCGGGGACGGCCUCGCCUCGCGCCUGGUGCCCGUGACCUCGGCCCAGCGCAUCCGCGUCACCUUCAACUCGUCCGUCUCGGACGUGCUGCCCUGGAAGUUCACCCCGCAGCAGCGUGAGGUGCGCGUACUCCCCGGCGAGACGGCGCUGGCUUUCUACACCGCCACCAACAACUCGGACACAGACAUCAUCGGCGUCGCCACCUACAGCGUGACCCCAGGCCAGGUGGCGCCGUACUUCAGCAAGAUCCAGUGCUUCUGCUUCGAGGAGCAGCGGCUGAACGCGGGCGAGACGGUAGACAUGCCCGUCUUCUUCUACCUGGAUCCGGACAUGGUGAACGACGUCAACAUGAAGGGUAUCGAAACCGUGACGUUGAAUUACACGUUCUUCAAGGCCAAGUACGACGACAAUGGCAAGUUCAAAGCGCCUUCCCCCAUGGCCUAAGUAGAUUGACAGAGCCUCUGUCCGAGGACGAGACUCGACCUUGCCGUACACCGCAUUCCCCACUUCGGCAUGUUUCACCGAUUUUUUUUUUGUAUUGCAUGAAAUCCAUCGUGUCUGCCUUGCUUAGUUCUCCGUGCUCGAAUUGUGUUCAACUACUAUUGUGCACCCCCAUUGGGGGGGGGGGGGGCACAGCAUAUCACCAGGCGUUCAAAACAGCUAUUGAACUUGGCAGGAUAUAAGUCGAGCUGCAGGUAGAUAUACGGAGUGACUCCUGAUGGCCAAGCACCCGGCCGACUGAUACAUCCGUACGCGAUGUGCUUCGGUUACCGGGGUUGGUUGUCGUUGACGUUGUUGAAAGGCCUGAAGAAAGGACGCAUGUUUACUACCAGCAAGGAGUACGAAAACUAAACUGCAGCAACGGCUCAUUAGGUUGGCAGCGCGUUCAAAUAUAUUCAUAGUGCUCAAGUGUAUCACUGCCG